AUGGCGACGCCCGGCGUCAUCAGCAAGCAAGGCGCCAAGGGCGAGGAGAGCGAGACCAUGCCCAUCAACGUCGGGGACAUGGUCUGGGUCCCUGGCCACGACGCGGUUUGGGAGCUCGCGUCCGUCAUGGCCAUCGGCGGGCUCAAGGUGACCGUGCGCAACCACCACCACAAGGUCGCGCAGGUCGACCGCGGCCUCGCGCUGCCCCAGAACCCGCGCGUGACGGACGACAUGACUGCGCUCUACUACAUCCACGAGCCCGGUGUUUUGCACAACCUCUCGGAGCGCUCGAAGCUCGACAACCAGCGACCGUACACGUUUAUGGCCAACGUGCUCAUUGCGGUCAACCCGCUGCGCCCGCUGGCGGACCCGCGCGUCUCGGAGAUCGUCAACAACACGAGUUGCCCGCCGCACCCGUACGCGAUCGCAGAAAUGGCCUACCAGCAAAUGGUCUACAACUCGACGCGCGAGAUGCCAACGAACCAGUCCGUUGUCAUUUCUGGCGAGUCGGGUGCCGGUAAGACCGAGUCGUCCAAGAUCGUGCUCAAGCACUUGACGACGCGUGGUGUCUUUGGCAAGAAGACGAACGCGGCCGAGGUUGAGACGUUCGUCAACAAGCGCCACGAGAACACCAACUCGCUCGACAACCGCCUCAUUGAGCAGAACCCGAUCCUCGAAGCCUUUGGCAACGCCAAGACGCUCCGCAACCACAACUCGAGUCGUUUCGGCAAGUUUAUGAAGCUCCAGUUCACGUCGGACGGCCUCUUCAAGCUCGCGGGUGCGUUCGUCGAGACGUACUUGCUCGAAAAGUCGCGCCUCGUGUACCAAGUCGAUGGCGAGCGCAACUUUCACAUCUUUUACCAGCUCCUCGCCGGCGCGUCGCCCGACCAGAAGCGCGACUUCCAGCUCACGCGCCCCGACGACUACCACUACCUCAACCAGAGCAACUGCUACACGGCCGAGGACACGGACGACAAGGCCAACUACGCGCAUGUCGUCAACGGUCUCUCGUGCGUCGGCCUUCCGGACGCCAAGCAAAACACGAUCUUUUCGGUCGUCGCGGGUCUCUUGCACAUGGGUAACAUUGAGUUUGACGAAGAGGACACGCCGGAAGGCGAGGCUGCGAUCGUGCAGUCGGCGGACGCGACCAAGGCGCUUGCGCUCUCGGCCAAGCUCCUCGGCGUCGACGACAAGGCGCUGCUCAAGGUCAUCACCGAGCGCGAGAUCAACGCCGUGUAUGCGCGUGACGCGAUCGCCAAGUCGGUCUACGGGCGUCUCUUUGACUGGAUCAUCCAGCAAGUCAACAAGUCGCUCGGCCAGGACCCGGCGCCCUUGCCGUACAUUGGCGUGCUCGAUAUCUUUGGGUUCGAGUCGUUCCAGCGCAACGACUUCGAGCAGCUCUUGAUCAACUACACGAACGAAGUGCUCCAGACGACGUUCAACAACCAAGUCUUUAUCGCGGAAAUGGAGCUCUACAAGCGCGAAGGCAUCUCGGUCGGCAAGAUUGACUGGCCGGACAACCGCGAGUGCGUCGAGCUCAUUGCGGGCAAGCCGUCCGGUAUCCUCCAGCUCCUCGACAACGAAGCCGCGAACCCCAAGCCGACGGACGCCAAGUUUCUCGCGAUGCUGCACCGCACGCACGACAAGAACGCGUUCUUCCCGCGCCCGCACCCAAAGGACAUGCAAGAGAUGUUUAUCGUGCGCCACUUUGCCGGCUGCGUCUCGUAUACGGUCGGCGCGUUCAUCGACAAGAACAACGACACGAUCCCCAAGGACAUGGCCGACCUCUUUCUGAGCUCGUCGAUGCCCGAGGUGCGCGAGCUCUUUGACGAGGAGGCGAACGAGGUCGUCAAGCCCGGGAAGAAGAAGCUGCUCAAGAGCGUCGCCGCCAAGUUUUCCAAGCAGAUGCAGGAGCUCGUCGACACGCUCGACGCGACGCGCUGCAACUUUAUCCGGUGCAUCAAGCCCAACGCGCUCAUGCGCAUGGGCCUCUUCGACCCGCGCUACGUGGUCGGCCAGCUGCGGUGCCAAGGUAUCAUGCAAACCGCCCAAGUGCUCAAGGUCGGUCUCCCGACCCGCGUCGCGUACUCGGAGCUCGUGAACGCGUACAAGAAGUUUAUGCCGCCGGACGCGCAGCGCCUCUUUGCGAACCAGAGCGACGCGACGCUCAUCACGGCGAUCCUCUGGGCGUUCCAAGUGCCCAUGGAAUCGUACAAGCUCGGUAUCACCAAGCUCUUCUUCAAGGCCGGCAAGAUUGCGAUCCUCGACUCGAUCCUCAAGAUCAACUGGGCCGUCGAUGGCCCGCACAUUGUGGGCCGCAUGAAGCUCUGGCUCGCGCGCCGCCGGUGGCGCGUCGCUCUUGCCAAGGUGCUCGCGCAGCUCGAGCUGCGCCGUCUCUUGCGCAAGAUCCAGUUCCGCAAGGACAGCGUGCGCAAGAUUCAGAUUUGGUGGCGCGGCUUCAACGUGCGCCACCAGUUCCUCAAGCAGAAGGCGUCGGCGAUCCUGAUCCAGGCGCACUUUGAGGCCAAGAAGCUCGAGAUGAUUGCACUCGCCAACGCCCGAGCUGCAGAGAGCCGUCGCCAGGCCGAAGAAGCCAAGCGCCAGCAGGAAGCCGCACAACGGGCAGCCGAGGAGGCGCGCCGCGCUGCUGACGCGGCGUUGCGCGAAGCCGAGCUCCGGGCCGUGGCCGAAGAGGAGCGCCGCCGCAUGGAAGACGACGCCAAGCGUGCCGAAGCCGAGGCAAUUUCGCUUGCUCGCGCCGCCGAAGCCGCCGUGCGUGAAGCCGAGGCGGCUGCGGCCGAGGCCGCGGCUGCUGUCGAGCAGGAGCGCCAGGCCGAGCGCCGCGCGAUGCAAGAAGCCCACGACCUCGAGCAGCGCAUGAUCCGCGAGCGCGAAGAGGCCAACAAGCGCAAGGAGCAGGCGCUACUGGAUGCGGCCGCCCUCAGCGCGAGCCUUCUCGGCGGUCUCGCGACGGUCAACGCGAUGUCGUCGACGCAGGGCUGCAACGUCAACGUGGUCGACAUCCCGGACAACAUUUCGGACGAGAACAAGGAGCAGCUCAAGCAGCUCAACGAGCUCCUCUUGAGCGGUGCGAUCGACCAGUCGGAGUACGAGGAGCUUGUCCCGUUCCUCUUGGAGCCGCCGCAGCCGCCGCAGGGUCCGGUCAUGACGCCGGAGGAAGCCGAGUCGCUCCAGCGCCUCUACUCGGCGCAGGCGGCCGGUAUCCAGAUCCGGUGCCCGGCCUGCGGGUCGUCCAACAACACGGCCAACGGCAACAACUGCAUGGAGUGCGGCUCGAUGCUCACGGCCGCGAGUGGUCCGCGCUCGAGCGCGGCCGACCACCGGUACUAUGGCUACCGCACGCGGUCCAUGUCGACGCUGGCGCUCUCGCAGCCGCCGGGCACGUUUAGCAUGGAAGGCACGCGCAUUUUGAUCCACGACGGCUACUUCCAGUGCGGCCUCCAUGGCACGCAGAUGCUCCAGGACGAAAACUAUGCCGAGUACACGGUGUACGUGUUGCGCUGCGGGUGGCAGCCGAAGGACGCGCCGCAGCCCACGUACUGGCUCGUCUCGCACCGCUUUAGCGUCUUUGAGAAGCUGCACAAGGACCUCAAGCACAAGAUCCCGCCGACCGUCGGAUCGCUCCCGCUCUUCCCGAAGAAGCACCGUCUCGGCGGCGUCUUUGCGGGCCGCACGGGCAACUCGAACGAAAUCGUCGAGGAGCGCAAGGCCGGCCUCGAGCGCUACAUGAAGGAAGUGCUCGACUUGUGUGCUCGCCUCCCCAACACGCUUGCCGUGCCGGAGCUCGACCGGUUCCUCAACCUCUCGCGCCAGGUGCAGCAGAUCCAGCGCCAGAACGCGACGGUCAUGUCGUCGGGUAUGUCGGGCGAAUACCUCGACUCGCCGACCAACUCGAACGUCGUUGGCGCCGAGGCCCUCGCGGCCCGCGAGCGCGCGCGCCUCCCGACAGAGCUCCCGACGCCGCUGGACGAAGAGGAGCUCAUGCAAACCGAGCAAGCGGUCGCUGUGCUCUUGGGUGCGAUCCGCAGCGCCCAGGGCGACCUGCGGCGCAACUCGGAGGUGCAGCAUUUGCUCAAGGUCUGCGUGCAGCUCCAGCCGCGUCUGCAAAUGUCGGCCAACCUCGACAACCCGUUUGCCAACGUCGAGCUCAUCCCGCGCGCGAUGCAGUGCCAAGAAGACUUGGAGAUGACCAUUGGAUUGUACAAUGACUCGUUGCUCGCCGUCACGGAAACCUACACCAUCUCGGGUGCACCCGCGCCGCCCGCGCCGUUUGUGCCGGGCCAAACCAACUCGUACCAACGGUCGUACGGGUACUAAGCCCUAUGCAUCCAUCGUGCUCGUGUCUACGUUUUUAAUAUACGCAUGUAGCCACUCUCUCGUCCCCAUGUAAUACUAGGUAGUUUAGCAGAAGAAUCCCAUCUUGGCGAG